UUUUGACACCCAAAGAAGUAUCGCAAAACAAUCUUCUCAGACCCAACAGAUGGAUCCUAGGUUGUUUGACGCAUCCCACACAGGGAAUGUCAAUCAAUUGAACUCCUUGGUCAGAGAAAACGCCCUCAUCCUCGAAGCAGCGUCUCUCGUCAACGGACACAACCCUCUACAUGUUGCCUCGAUGGCCGGCCACUUGAAUUUCGUCAGAGAAGUCCUCAAACUAAAGACGGAGUUUGCCGACGAGCUGAACCAGGACGGUUUCAGUCCUCUGCACAUCGCCGCGGCGAGGGGCGAUGUGGAUAUCGUCCGGGAGCUUUUGAAAGUGGGCAAUCGCCUGUGCCUAGUGAAGGGGAGAGAGGAAAGGAUUCCUCUGCACUAUUCAGCCAUCAAGGGGAGGAGCGAAGUCCUGAAGGAACUGGUCUUGGCUUGUCCUGAUUCCAUCGAGGAAGUGACGGCUCGGAGGGAGAGCGUCCUCCACCUCGCCGUGAAGAACAGCCGGUUUGAGGCACUCAAGUUUCUGGUGCAGCAGCUGAAGCGUUCGAACAAAGAGCGCGCCUUGAAUUGGCGGGACAGCCAAGGAAACCAUAUCUUGCACCUCGCGAUGGCUAGAAAGCAAUACGAGGCAAUGGAGUUCCUGCUCUCAGGCUAUGCAAUUGACAAAGAUCUGGUCGAAGUGAAUGCCAUAAAUGGGGCGGGUUUAACGCCUCUAGACAUCCUAUUUCUCGUUAACAAUGAAGUGGGUGAUGCGGAAAUUGCUGAAAUCCUCACACGAUCUGGAGCCACGAGAGCAAGGGGAUUGCCUUCUAGUUCUAUGGUAAUGGUGGCGACUGAAGACCCCGAAGCCCAAACCGAUCAAUCAAGCGGAAAUCGCGGCCGAUCAACGUGGACCAACUACUGCACUUGUUUCUUGAAGCUCGAUUAUGAGAGAAUCCAAUUGUUCGAGGACUUCAAGUACAACAAACGAAAGGACUCCGCGAGUGAUGUACGGAAUGUGUUGCUGGUCGUCGCUACUCUCAUCACAACUGCUACCUAUCAAGCCGUGCUUCAGCCGCCGGGCGGACGUUGGCAGGACAAUUCAGGGCCCUCGACUAACAGCACCGAUCCCACGAAGUGUGGGACCGCAUCGCCCAAAGCCGGCAAGGCGGUUUUGGGAUCGAGUAACCAGUUAGCGUACAUCAGCUUUGUGAUCUUCAACACAGCUGGAUUCUUUGCCUCCCUCCAAGUGAUCGACAUCCUCACAUCGGGAUUCCCGAUGCGAAGGGAGCUGCGAAUCGCGCUGUUGGCCCUGAUAGGUACAUAUGACAUUGUGAUGCACACCCUUAGUCCCAACGAUUUGGUCAGCAACAUCUUCUUUGGUCUCUCGAUAGCUGUGCCUUUCAUGAUGUGGUUCAUUGGCCGGUGAACGAUAAGACGUAGGGAAAAUGAUACAAAUAGU